AUGGCGCCCACCCUCGAAGAACCGCCAACGCCCAGCGCCUCUGACGGCGCCGCCGCCGCCGCGGUGCUCGACGCCCCGCUCAAAGCCGCGCCCAAGCUCGUCGCGCCCGAGCCCGAACACUGCCCGGGCCCGGAGUCGCAAAGCGCGGGCAAAGCCGACUCGUGCGCGGGCUGCCCGAACCAAGCCAUCUGCGCGUCGGCGCCCAAGGGGCCGGACCCGGACAUUCCGCUGAUCGCGGCGCGGCUGGCGGGGGUGCGGCACAAGCUGCUGGUGCUGUCGGGCAAGGGCGGGGUGGGCAAGAGCACGCUGUCGGCGAUGCUGGCGCACGCGUUCGCGUCGCGGCCGGCGAGCGCGGUGGGGCUGAUGGACACGGACAUUUGCGGGCCGAGCAUCCCCAAGAUGAUGGGCGUCGAGGAGGAGACGAUACACGUGACGGGGACGGGCAUGGAGCCCGUGUGGGUGGCGGAUAACUUGGGCGUGAUGAGCGUGCAGUUCAUGCUGCCGAAUCGCGACGACGCGGUCAUUUGGCGGGGGCCGAAGAAGAAUGGGCUGAUCAAGACGUUUUUGAAGGAUGUGGAGUGGGGGGAGCUGGAUUUUCUGAUCGUGGACACGCCGCCGGGGACGAGCGAUGAGCAUUUGAGCGUGAAUUCGUUUUUGAAGGAGGCGGGGGUGGAUGGGGCGGUGUUGGUGAGCACGCCGCAGGAGGUGAGCUUGUUGGAUGUGAGGAAGGAGGUGGAUUUCUGUCGGAAGGCGGGGAUCAGGAUCUUGGGGAUCGUGGAGAACAUGAGCGGGUUCGUGUGCCCGAACUGCAAGCACCAGAGCCAGAUCUUCAGGGCGUCGACGGGCGGCGCGAGGAAGUUGGCCGAGGAGCAGGGCAUCCCGUUCUUGGGGGCGGUGCCGCUGGAUCCGAGGAUCGGGAUGGCGUGCGAUUACGGAGAGAGCUUCCUCGACGCGUAUCCGGACAGCCCGGCGUGCAAGGGGAUCCGGGAGGUGGUGAAGAGGGUGGGACACGAGAUGGGCUUGGCAGCUGAUGAGGUGUUGCCCGAGGACGAGCUGGAUGAGUAG